AGCGGCAGCACUGCUAACAAAAAAUGAAGACGAACAAAUUAAGUGCAAUCUUGCAUGUAUUGAGCUUUUUUGAUCCGUUGAAAAAUUUCUGAAAACAAAUUUUGUGCGAAGUAGCGGUUGGAUUGCAUAAGGACUUUUUUAAGGAGCAACAGGUCUUUUCAUUGUAACAGUUUACCGCAGCAACCAUUGCAAAGCAAAGACUGCCUAGCACUUUAUUUUUCAACAAGUUUCACGCUGACUUUUGACGUUGUAGUUGUCCUUUACAAUACAUAGCACGUGUGCUCUUAAAGAACGGCGCAAUGGCAGCUGCAGAGGCAAAGAAGAAGGCCGCUGAGGAGGCGUCCAAGGAAGAGGCCAAGCAAGAGGUAUCGAACUUAUUAAAAAUCCUGCGUGAUACUAUGCAUCGAACGGACAAAAACCUGUGUGCUGUGCCACGAUGAAUUUUUGUCCUUUGCUCUGUGGUGUAAAGUAAAAGUUUUCAGUUGAAUGUCGUCUAAGAGGGGUGGGAAUCGAAUUCUCAUUUUGCAUGGAGAUUGAACAACCUAUCAAAUCGAAUCCCUCCAGGAGGAAGCCCCGGCCGAGGCUGAGAAGCCAGUUGACGAAGAGAAAGAACAGGAUGCGGUUGUCGACAAGAGAGCGAAGAUCGCCGACGAUGCGGUUUGUUUCACCGAUUUCGCCUUCGGCGCGGUGUCAUCCGGUUCAUCGUUUAAAGUCCUCGGAGAAGCUGCGUACUUAGAAAAAAUACAACUUUGUGUUGCCUUGUCUCCAUUUAUUUGCAGCUGUACGAAAGAGAAGUUCACAAUUCCAGCAUCUCUGUUUAAUCUUGGUGGAGCAUCAGCUUCUAGUAAGUACCCAAAGAACACCGAUGCAGUUGUAGCGAUUUUCAUUUUUGUCACGUACGUUUUGCACAUUGAGAUUGAGUAAAACACAAAAUCGCAAAAGAAUAAAACAAACAGCUGCAUCUGGACGGGGGCAAAGCUAAGCGUUGGCGUGAAGAAAGGGCGCUAUCUGGUCGAGUUCCGCGUGUUUGAUUAUUACGAGAAAGCUCGCGUUGGGGUUUCCGCCGUGAGCGAGCACGGCUACGGCGAGCCGUCCGAUUCGAUGUGCCUUUUCGAUCUGCUUGGACCAGAUGUGUACAACGGGUCCAAGAUUGAAAAGCGACCGAACAAGCCGACGUUUCAGCAGAAAGCACUCAAGACCGACGUGAUUGGCUUGUUUAUCAACAUGGACCCUAAAUCGGAGAACAAAAACACUAUUUCACUGUAGAAAUUUUUUUCGCCAUGCGCAGCAGCCCUGAGUUUUUCUUCUUUUCUGAGAAGUCAUUUUUGUAUAAUGCCGCUACGAAGGUGCAUGUGGUGGAUAGCUUUUCGAUCCCAAGAAACCGCUUCCUUCCGCUGUAGGUCGAGUUUGUCAACAUUUCUUCCGUGGAGGUGUCGUUGAAAUAAACAGUGACUGCUGGAACAACAAGAAGUUUGCAUGUAAAACAACAAACAGAUUCCUGAACGGCGUACGGGCCUCGGACCCGGUGGCGCUACCGGAGACCUCGAACUCGUGGUACCCGACGGUCUGCUUGAAGGGCGGCGCCGCAACGGUGAACACUAGUGGUGAGCCAUGGAAACCCUUGGUGUUCCGAACAAAUAACCUGGCCGUAGCCGCGAAGGCCGACGUGGAAGUGCACAAGGAAGACGUUCGGGACAACAACGGUCCAGAAGCCAUUUUCGUGGUGGCCGCAGACCCGCAGAGCGAAGCCGUACUGAAAGAAUUCGAAGAUAGCAGGGAGUACUUCGUCGUCAGCAUGAAGGGAAUGAUCGACAAAGCAAUCAAAGCAGGUAUUUACUUGGGGUUGAACUCGAAAUAUUACAGCUAGAGCUUCUUACGUGCCAUGCGCAGGAGGUGUUAUCGAAACAGGGGUUUUGCAUAGAGCAAAUUGUGUGAGUUAUGGCUUUUGGAAAAGUCCUCGUCCCUAGUUAGCCAUGCCCUUGCGCGGCCACCGCCUGGCGCGCAGAGAUAAAAGAAAAAACUAUCCUUUUACAAGUACAGGCACUUCGACGAAGAACAAGCAAGGAAAAUCUGGGUGGGACUUGGUGGAUUUCCCAGCCAGUAUCGUUCCGCUGCUCGCAUCUACUACGUCCUACAGCGGCAAGUACGUGUUCGCCCUCAACUCCGGUUUGAAGCAGGAGGACCGAAAAAAUUUUAUGAACAUUUUCUGCCCAUCCACCAACGUGAAAGCAAUGGUGUUCCCCUCUACUUUCGAUAUCGGCGGCAGCAUCGGACCGGACGUCAUUGCCACACCAGCUGCAGUAUUGCUCUUGAUUUGCUCUGCUUGCGUAUCUGGCAGAAUACAGACUGUUUCCUCAAGGUUCUUUCACUUUGCAUAGGUAAGCAACUUCUCUCCCACGGAAUUCAUGCUUUCUAACAUCCACAACAGAACCUGUCCCUGCCCACCGAAGCUGAGGGAUUCGCAUCGGUUGAAUAUGCGAGCGGCACCGAGAAGACAAGCGAAAAAAAGUUCGAGGCAUUCAAGAAGCGCGUUGGCCUGCGGGAGUGCCUGCGGGACCUGAAGCCCGGUCCAUUUUUCAAGGAGUUCACGGAAGAGUACGCGACGGUCAAGAAACAGAUGCACAAAACCACGGCACCCAAGAAGGGAGACAAGGCAAAAGAUCCCUCCAAGGACGAGCUGUCGCCCGACAACAAAGGGGAGGAAGAAGAAGACGAGGAAGAGGGUACUGCGUGUUUGUUUUCGACAAUCAGGGUUUAUACGAUAUUAGGUCUUCCUAGAGUAAAUUGUUUAUACCAAUUUCGUUCUCGAAGAUGAUUGAGCAAUAUGAUAAAGUGGGAAAUGUAAUUAUGUACGAAAAACUAAAACAACAGCAAAAGUGUACCCGGUCAUGGAGGGUUUCUCGGAAGAAGAUUGGAUGUUGGCACAACUGCGUGUGGAGAUGCAUGCCUUGCUACAUUCUUUCCUGAACGACAGCGACGCAGAACGACUCGGCUUCACGCCACCGAAUCUCCCGUUUUACUACAUGCUGUACAGAUGGUUAUUUUUGACUUCUGACUAGCAGCGAGCCUACCCUUUGUUGUGUUCUGUAUAGAACAAUGAAAUUAUGACUGAGACCGACUAGGAGCAUUAGGCUCAUGUCCACUGUUCGUGAUGGUGCUGUUCACAACAGUUGUGAAUGUGAAUUGGUACUGAUCUUUGAUUCGAUUGAAUAGCUGAAAGAAACUCACAGGUACGCAAGCCGGCCGUUUAACCUCCAGAGCUAUGGUCUUCAUACGCCCGAGAAGCUCGCGGACCUCAUUCCGGAUGUAGUACGAUUCGAGGACGGGAUGUUGAUGCCGCAGCUGCCCCUGGGUUCCACAGCGGAAGACUUGAUCAUGCUCACGGAGCAGGCUCGGGUCGUGCGGAAAGACAAAUACGACGCCGGAGACGACACCGCCGCACUGAAGUUCCAGGCAUUCGCUCCGAAGGCUGCCGGCGCUCGCCCGAUGGGCGGCGCCGCGCCGAUGAACAUGAUGAACAUGCAGGCGCAGGGUGGCAACAUGAACAUGCAGGGCAAGAUGCCGAUGCAGGGCAAGGGAAACAUGAAUAUGAACAUGAACAUGAACAACAUGAAGGGCCAGCAGAACAACUUCGGGAAGAACCAGAAUUUCGGAAAAAUGAACCAGGGCAACGGAUGGGGAAACAACAACAAUCGCUGGGGAAACAACAACCAGGGCUGGGGAAACAACAACCAGGGCUGGGGCAACAAGAGACAGAACAUGGGUGGUCAAAACUACAACAACAAGCGACAAAACUUCGGAUACUAAGCAAGGCAUUACGAGCAAGAGAAGAUAUGCUCGUAUGGUUUCAUCGAUAUCGACGACGUGUAGGAAAAUGGAAAGAUUAAGAGUCACGCGUUGUAGUUGUUCAUUUUAGCGGUAGGAAAAUGAUCACGCGGACAGGAACUCGUUUUUACCAGGAAUACGAGGACAAACUAAUACGCAAUGGAAUUUUACUAUAUUCACGAUAAAUGAAUCUUCACAGAAUCAGAUUCAUCAACAUGAAUUUACGAAACCAUUCGGAUCCCGAAGGACGGAGUAUCACAGUAAUGAAGAAAAUGACCCUCUAAAGAAGUAGAUGUAGCUUCAUUUGUCUCACAUCUUUGUCGCGCCUUGACUGAUGAGCAAGAUAUGGGGCCGAAACAGCUCGAGGAACCUCGAAGAGACAUGAAGCACGUGCGUACAAGCGACAAAGGAACUCUCAGGCGGAGGCACACAGCAUCAACAU